CUCUCUCCCCCUCCCCUCCCCCCUCCUCUCCACAAUGCUCCCCGGUCGCGUGCUGCCACUCCGGGCCCUGUCCCGCCGGUCAACCGGUCUGGCUGUGGCCGCCCUGCCGCGCGCCGCGUGCCCGCCACCCCCCCCGGUUGCCACUAAUCCCCUGCCUGCCUCCGCCGUGCGCGCCUUUUCCUCCUUCACCGGCCACCAUCUUGCGCUCGGGCCAUCGCGUGUGGCCCCGCUGCUGCGCCCUCGCCAUGCGCCAGCCGUCAUGUUCAGCUCCAUCAUCGGCAUGAUCCACGGUUCGGGCCCCGACACCCCGGUCGAGGCGAACUCCCUGCACGACUUCACCGUCACCACGGCCUCGGGCGAGAGCCUGCCCCUGUCCGAGUACAAGGGCAAGGUUGUGGUCAUCGUCAAUGUGGCCAGCAAGUGCGGCCUCACCCCGCAGUAUGAGGCCCUGCAGGCCCUGUACACCAAGUACAAGGAUGACGGUCUUGUCAUCCUUGGCUUCCCCUGCAACCAGUUCCUCUACCAGGAGCCCGGCACCGACGAGGAGAUCCAAUCCUUCUGCUCGCUGAACUACGGCGUCACCUUCCCGGUGUUCUCCAAGAUCAACGUCAAUGGCCCGGAGGCCCUCCCCCUGUACACCUGGCUUAAGGCCCAGUCCGAGGACUCGGGGCCCAUCUCCUGGAACUUCGAGAAGUUCAUCAUCAAUCGCGAUGGCCAGGUUGUCUCCCGUGUCGGUCCCCGCUCGGAUCCCAUGGACAUGGAGGAGCAGAUUAAGGCCGAGCUGGCCAAGGAGCCCACCUCUGCUUAAAUGAUGGGUGCGAUCACACGCAGAGCGAAGCCGGUCCUCUCGCCCUUCCCCCCCCCCCCCCCCCGGGGGGGGCGUCCUUGCGCGGGGUGGCGGGGGGCGGCGUUCCCCCCCCCCCCCCCCCCCCCCCCCCCCCCGUCUUCUGCUCUUCACCAGGGAGGCGACAGAGAAGGGGGCAGACUGGAGGAUGGGGUGUUUACCAGGGGCCGGACCGACGGAGACAGGGAACGGUGACAGGGUGUGCCGUUGCAUCUGCAUUUGUGCUUCCCCCCUCUCCCCUCGCCCUCUCGCUGGGUUUCCCGCCUCGAUAGCCGGUUCGCUCUGGCCAAGCGCACCCCGAUCGCACCCUCGCCCGCCAAUACACCACAGUGCGGCGUGCACACCAUUUGCAUGUGAUGUGGGUGCACGCAUCAUACACGUGACCUCACACACGCCGAGA